AUGUCCGACGUUGCAUCGUUGGAGGCCGAAGUCAAAGAAUUCAAGGUCCAGCUUGAAACGGUUCAAACAAGCUUGCAGGUAGAACCCGAUAAUGCGGAGCUGCAAAGUCUCAAGACUGAACUUGAAGAACUUAUAAACCUCACCGAAACUGCCAUUGCCGAGCUUAAACCCCCCGCACCCACACCUGUACCUGCAACGAAGCCACAAUCCAGCUCCGCACCAUCGAGAGACUCGAAUACUCGCUUGUCGCAGGCCAACGCCAGUCAUGCAGAAGAGGCCACCGCUGCCGUAUCGUCGCCCGCCGUCUCUUUUUCCGUCAACGACCAGGUGCUCGCCCGAUGGGUUUCCGGCGACAAUGCGUUUUAUCCGGCCCGCAUCACCUCCAUCACAGGCUCCUCCAGCAACCCGGUCUAUCUGGUUUCGUUCAAAUCAUAUGGCACGGUCGAAAAUCUAACAGCCAAGGACAUCCGCCCCAUCGCGGGCAAUGACACACGCAAGCGCAAGGCUGAUGGAACCUCAGGCAGUUCAGCGUCCCCAUCGCCCGCCCCGCCCUCGACUUCACAUGGCAACAUUAUCUCAGCGGCGGCUGAUAUCGACCCCGCUCUUGCCAGUCAGGCCCGACAGGAUCCCAGCAAGAUGGGCGAUGGCUCUGGUCGGCCCGCCAAGGCUGCGCGCAAGGUGAAGGCCAACAAGGAACUGGAAGAGGGCAAAAACAAAUGGCAGAAUUUUGCAGCAAAGACCAAGGGUAAAAUUGGGAAAAAGGAUAGCAUGUUCCGCACCGGUGAUUCGGUGAAUGCUCGAGUCGGUUUCACGGGCUCGGGCCAACAGAUGCGCAGAGAUCCCACACGGACGCGUCACGUUUAUCAACAGGCUGAGGAUGAGGGCUAUUAA